AUGCCGCCACCAUCAACGUCACCGAUAGCUCGUUACAUAACAUGCCUGACUGUUGAUGGAUGGAUUGGAGACUUGAUGCAAUGCAGAACAUUGUCUGAAGAUAAUGUAGAGCGACUGUGUAGUCUGGCAAAGGAAGUGGUACAGGAUGAAGCCAACGUGCAACCGGUCACAUGCCCAGUGACCGUCUGCGGCGACAUCCACGGCCAAUACCACGAUCUGAUCGAACUGUUCCGCAUAAGCGGGCCAUGCCCAGACACGAACUACCUCUUCAUGGGCGACUACGUCGAUCGCGGCUACCACUCCAUCGAGUCCGUCUUGCUCCUCAUCGCGCUCAAAGUCCGCUACCCCAAACGCAUCACGAUCCUCCGCGGAAACCACGAAUCGCGCCAGAUCACCCGAGUCUACGGGUUCUACGACGAGUGCCUGCGUAAGUACGGCAACUCGCCGGUCUGGAACCUCUUCACGGAUCUGUUCGACCAUCUGCCCCUGUCGGCUCUGAUCGACAAUCGGAUAUUCUGCCUCCAUGGGGGCCUGAGUCCGUCGGUCGAUACGCUGGAUAACAUCCGUAGAUGUGGGUGGGGCAUCUCCCCGCGUGGGGCUGGGUACACCUUUGGGCAGGAUAUCUCGGAGGGGUUUGAUCAUCGGGAUGGGCUUGCGCUGGUGGCGAGGGCGCAUCAGAUGGUGAUGGAUGGGUAUUCGUGGUCGCAUGGGAGUGUGGUUACCAUCUUCUCUGCCCCGAACUACUGCUACCGCUGUGGCAACCAGGCGGCAAUUGUGGAGAUCGACGAUUCUCUGAACUACCAAUGGCAUGUUACAUAUAGUAUACAGUUCGACCCUUCUCCGCGCACUGGAGAACCGACAAUGCAACGACGGACGCCGGAUUACUUUCUAUGA